UGACAGGAGACGGCGCAGUACAUUCCAUGAUUAGACAACGCACACGCAGUGGCUGAUUUAGCUAUCUGCGUUAGUCGUGUAAAAGGGGAAAAAAACACUUUAUGAGAAGAUCGGCGAUUUACGAAGGGAACAGUUGAAUAACUGCUGCUGUGUAAGCUGGUGACAGAUCUUUUCAGCAGAGGUGAAGCGGAAAGCUCUUUGGAAGAUGGGUUCAGUCCCGGCUGUGUCUAUCCUGAUUUUGGGAAUCGUUGUUCCUAGCUUGGCAGGAUAUGUGGAGGCAUUAGCAGCUAACCCAGGGACCGGCCUUGCUGUGGCGGAGCCACAGGUGGCCAUGUAUUGUGGGAAACUCAACAUGCACGUCAACAUACAGACAGGUCACUGGGAGCCGGACCCUUCUGGAACAAAGAGCUGCAUUAAAGUCAAGGAGGGUGUCCUGGAAUACUGUCAGGAGAUGUACCCUAAACUGCAAAUCACAAAUGUUCUGGAAGCCAACCAACCAGUCAAGAUUGAAAACUGGUGCAGGAAAGGAAAGAAACAGUGCAAGCCUCAAGCCCACACUGUGGUCCCAUACAAAUGCUUGGUUGGAGAGUUUGUGAGUGAUGUGCUCCUUGUCCCAGCAAAGUGUCAUUUCUUCCAUAAGGAGCGCAUGGACAUGUGUCUCAGUCAUCAGCAGUGGCAGGGAGAAGCAAAGGAGGCUUGCUUAAAGGCGAACAUGGUGCUGCACAGCUACGGCAUGCUGCUGCCCUGUGGCGUUGAUAAGUUCCAUGGCACCGAAUAUGUUUGUUGCUUGUCUGCUCCUGCUCAGGAGCCUACUCCGACUGCCAUUGCCUCUCAGGAGGAAGACGCCGAUGAUGACGACAAUGAAGUGCAGGACGAUGAGGAUGAUGAGGGCGAUGAGGACGAUGAUGGGCAGGAUGUGGUAGUAGAGGAGAGUGAGCCAGUAAUGGAUGAACAGCCAACCCAAAAGGAAGAUGAAGCGGAGAAGAUGUAUUAUGUGGGAGAAGAUGACAACGACCAAUACCAGUAUGUGUAUGAAGAUGAAGAUGAGGACAGAGACAGUGAAGAGAAAGAAAGAAAGAAAGAGAAGGCCACUGUUAUUGAGAGCAAGGACAAUGACAUGUCUCUCCAGGAGAUUAAAGCUGUGUGCUCCCUGGAGGCAGAGACGGGCCCGUGCCGUGCCUCCAUACCCCGCUGGCACUUUGACAUUCACCAGAGGAAGUGUGUGCGCUUCAUCUACGGAGGCUGUGCUGGCAACCGCAACAACUUUGAGUCUGAGGAGUACUGCAUGGCCGUAUGCAAAUGCCUGACUCUGCCCUCCACUCCACAACCCAUGGAUGAUGUGGAUGUGUACUUUGAGACUCCAGCUGAUGAUCAGGAACACAGCCGCUUCCAGAAGGCCAAGGAGCAGCUAGAGAUUAGACACCGCAACCGCAUGGAGAGGGUGAGGAAGGAAUGGGAGGAGGCAGAACGUCAGGCCAAGAAUCUGCCAAAAGUAGACAGACAGACCUUGAUCCAGCAUUUCCAGGCGAUGGUGGAGUCUCUAGAAGAGGAGGCUGCCAGCGAGAAGCAGCAGCUGGUGGAGACUCACUUGGCUCGGGUGGAGGCUAUGCUAAAUGACCGCCGCCGUUUUGCCCUAGAGAACUACCUUGCUGCUCUGCAGGCUGACCCACCCAGGCCACAUCGUAUACUGCAGGCUCUGAGGAGGUAUGUCCGUGCAGAGAACAAGGACCGGCAGCACACGAUUCGUCACUAUCAGCAUGUGCUUUCAGUUGACCCUGAGAAGGCAACCCAGAUGAAGCCCCAGGUGGUGACCCACCUGCGUGUGAUAGAGGAGAGGAUGAAUCAGAGUCUAUCUCUGCUCUAUAAGGUGCCCUAUGUGGCAGACGAGAUCCAGGAUGAGAUUGAUGAUCUUCAGGAGCAGAAGGCAGACAUAGAUCAGUUCCUGUCCUCAGAGUCACAACCUGAUGUCACCGUCUCUUCUGAGGAAAGUGUGGAGGCCCCAUCUUUUGAGGGCAAACCCUUCCGCCCCUUCCAAGUCAACUCACUGGGCUCACAGCCUGAACCUGAGGGCGAUCUGUCUGUGCCCCCACGUGCCUUCAAGAAAGGCUCUGGAAUGAUGAAUGGUCUGGAUGGUCUGAUUGGAGCGGAGGAGAGAUUUAGCAACAGCAAGAACAAGAUCAGUGACAAUGAGGUGAUUGAUGAGAAAGUGGAUGUUAAGGAAGUGAUUUACAGUGCUGAGAAAGUCAGCAUUUUGAAUGUUGAUCCUCUGUACAGUCACAGAGGGAAUCAGGAGAUAUUUCACCCUCUGGGGGAGGAGUUCAGCUUUGGGAAUGGUACUCUGAUUGGCUUGCUGGUGAUUGCAGUUGCUGUAGCAACUGUGAUUGUGAUCAGUCUGGUCCUGCUAAGAAAAAGGCAGUAUGGCACCAUCAGCCAUGGCAUUGUGGAGGUUGAUCCUAUGCUGAGUCCUGAGGAGCGUCACCUGAACAAGAUGCAGAACCAUGGCUAUGAAAACCCCACCUACAAAUACCUGGAGCAGAUGCAUAUCUAAUCUGGACCAUCAGGGGGUGAUAUGGGGCCACAGAAUGGUGAACAUACUACUGACCAAUAAUAUAACUGCUCUCUUAGAAUCAGAAAUGCAUAUCAAGUUCAUUAAGAAUCAAAACCAAGUUAUUUAACACUGCUACUAGUUCUAUUAUUGCAACUGCUGUAUCAUGGAGCUCUGUUUAUAAUCUUAAAUUUAAUCUUUUGAAUGGUAAUGUAUUGAAUUUUUAAAUUCGAUUAUGAAUCAUGAUUGAUAAAUCUGAUUGCGAAAACCUUUUGGUUUUUCCUUUCAGUAGCUUGCUUGUACAUGCAGGUUAUUUGUACCAACAUAAAUUUAUAGUAAAUCAAAAUGAGAAAGUAUGAUGAGUGAAAUUAUUUCAUUUACUUUAUGUACUUUAUUAUUACAACUAAAUUCUAUAUGAGUGUAAAGCAGGUGUUGCAUUUCCUCAUUGUUAUUUCCCCAGCCUUGUUGUGUAGGGACAGGUUUGGUUAGUUAAAAUGUCUGUUGCUGUUGCCUGUAUGACUUGUCAUAAGCCUGUUGAACUGGUGUGUGGAUUAAGUAAUUAGAAGGUUAGUACCCUCAGGCACCCUUGUCUUGUUUCAAGGGAAAUAAAAUUGUUUCAGAAGGCAUAUUUUAGUCACAGCACCAUAUGUUUGGUCAAAUUAAAUUGUGUACUUUUAAGAUUGUGGGUAUUGCUUCUAUUGAGGCAGAGAGGAUUAUGGGUAGAAGCCUCCAGUCUCCCAUGUCUAGUAAACAGCAAUUUAAUGUCAUUUACCAUGCAUGCACACGCAUGUGACACUUCAAGCAUUAUAACUGACUAGUUGACUAACUGAUUAGUAGUGCUAAACUGACCAUAAUUUGGCACUAAAGAACUGUUUACUGAUUGCAUCCAUUGACAAUAUUUUUGCCCAGAAGAUCAGGCAGUUGUUUGAAGCUAGUAAGACACUGGUUGCUGUUAGCAAAAAAGUAUCAUGAGACCUGGGAGCUGGAGACCUGGAAAAUUGGUGAAAUUCUAUAAGACACAAAAAUUGGUGAAAUUCUACAAGACACAAACUAUGUUUUAACAAACUAUGUUUUAACAUUUGCUUUUUUAUUUAUUAUCAUUAUUUUUAAAGUUCAUAAUUGUUUCUAUUUCUUUCUUCUUCCUGUGGCUGUCACUAUGCACCCAAAUGGCUUGAUCUUGAACUCUGUAAUUGCCUGCUUGAUUGUGGGAAGGGUAAGGGGACACUAAUAUAAGAUGGAUAUAUUGGUAGUUAAAGUAGUUGAUUCCUUUGAAAACAACUUUGUGGUUGCAAUCAGGAAACAUCAAUAAAGUCACUUCUUCCAUAGUAA